AAAAACUUGAUUUUAUAGUAGUAACGAUGCUCAUUAUUUUUACAAACAAUAAUAAUAAUAAUAAUAAUAUUACUUAACCAUGACUAAACAAUCAGCUCAGAAAAUUCUUAUCGUAUUAUCUCAUCACAGAGAAAAUUCUUUAACUUAUCAAAUCAAGUCUCAAAUUGAAAAGGGCUUAAAAGCUAGCGGACAUGAAGUUGUUGAUACCUUGGAUUUAUUUAAAGAGAACUUUAAUCCCAUCCUGAGAGAACCAGACGAGCCCCAAUGGUCAGAGCCUGAACAACAUUUUUCUGAGGAAGUGAAUAAGGAAAUGGAAAGGUUACUCAAGUAUGAUUCUAUCAUCUUUGUUUUCCCCAUGUAUUGGUUCGGUAUGCCCGCUAUGUUGAAGGGCUACGUUGAACGUGUUUGGAAUUAUGGUUUUGCUUAUGGCGCUCCUGAUACUAAGCUCAAGUCAAAGAAGGUCCUCUGGUGUCCAUUGGCAGGUGCUUCAGCUGAAGUCUUUCGCAAGUAUAAAUAUGAUGACAUGGUAAAUCACUAUUUCAAUGUUGCUAUUGCUGGUUUUUGUGGUAUUCAAAAUUCAAAGGUGAACUGCUUUUUCAGAUCUAAUCAUAAUACUCCAGAAGGAUUUCAAAAAUUAAUAGAAGAAGGUUAUCGUGUCGGUUUAGAAUUUGAUAAAUGGUAGAUCAUAUGACCAUCUGUAAUAUCCCCUUCCUUUUCUCCCUUAUUUUAAUAGCAAUAAAAAUAAAGUUGUAUGUAUAAAUAAAAGUAUUUAUUUACAUUAGCACUUUUUUCACUUUAA